GUAUUUCACACAGACGUACCUUGUAAACUGUUUAAUUAAUAUGGUUUAUAUAUUUUUGAUAUAUCUUUUAUUUCAAAGCUCCCAAUCCCUUCUAAAGGACACAUGCUUGUCCAUCAAUUAUAAGAAAUACUGUUUUCACGGACCAGCUUAUCAGCUGCGGCAGAAUUAUAGCUCUACCGACGAGUGAACCCGUGACACACGAUUGUAUAAAACUCAGACGUUUUCAAAUACGAGCUAACACACAUUCGUGCAUAUGCGGUUAUGGACAAUGAAGAGCAAAAACAAAUAGACACACAAGCAGAAAUGGACUUCAAGGAAAAGACGAAGCCUUUCCAAGGUGAAGAUAAGGAAAAACAGGCAAGAGCACCUUCAGAAAACGAAACCAUGACACCGGAUAGUCGACAUUUUCAACAAAAAUCAGAUGCAUCAGCUGUCAAGACAUCUUCUCCAUGUAAAGAAACAGAGAAAACCAAUAGCACGUUACCCUCUGCAGAACAACCAACUGAGAUUAAUGACCAUACACCAAAGGCAUUGAGAUUGAAAACAGCAACAGUUGACAAGGAAUUUCUCGAAAAAGUGAAAAGGACGUUGUCUGGAAAACGCUGGACUUCUUCGUUGCAAGAAUCGCCAAAGGAGACUUUGGGAAAAAACAAUGAAUCAAGCACAUGGUCUUUAAGUGAUCUUGAAGUUUUUAAACAUCCUAUGCGUUUGAUCAGUGCCAAAAGUGAAGAAAAUGAAGACGGUCAAAAAGGAAAAAUCAUUUGGAAAAGUGAAAUGAAAGUAUCCGAACAAAUUAAAAAGAUAGAUCUGCCACUGGUUGUUGUAGCCGUGGUAGGUCCAUGCAGAACUGGCAAAUCUUAUCUGAUGAAUUGUUUGGCUAACUCUUUCAAAGGUGGUUUUGAACUUGGCAAUACAACUCAAUCACAAACUAUAGGUAUUUGGGUAUGGUGUAAAAUGCAUCCGACACAAAAGAACACAGUUUUGGUACUUCUUGAUACUGAGGGUCUUGGUGAUGUUGGAAAAGGCGACCAAAAUCAUGACACCAAUCUUUUUACUUUAACGACUCUUCUUUGUAACUGCCUCGUUUAUAACAUAAAAGGAGCUUUCGAUAACGAGGCUAUUUCUAAACUUACCUUUGUUACAGAAAUGGCGAAGAAUAUUAAGUUCCGAGAAAAAUCUUUGGAAGAUAACCAAAUGCAAAAUUUGAUAUUGCCGGAUUUCGUUCUUUGUAUGCGAGAUUGCAGCCCUAGAAUUGAACGAUGGUGGUGGGGACUCCGAUAUCAGCAGAUGAAUAUCUCGAAAGGAGAUUAGCUAAGAAGAAGAAAAAAGCUGCACAAUAUAACAAGCUAAGGCAAUGCAUUAGAAAAUACUUUCCAAAACGUAGGUGUUUUGCGUUCCCAAUGCCAGGUGAUACUCGUGACAUUCAGAAUCUUGAACUCUUGAACUUUGAUUCUCUUUGCGAAAGUUUCCAAGAGGCAACAACUGUAUUUGUAUCGUAUAUAUAUAGUGUCCCGCCGAAGGAAAUGUCAGGAAGUAAAUCUAUAGAUGGAGAAAGUAAGUUACUGAAGUGAAUAACAUAACACCAAUUAAAUG